UAUGUCCAACUACUACUUGUAGUACAUCUUUUUGAACUACAGAAAGCUUACGUGGGGUAUAUAUCUAUAGAGAAUACUAGUGCACUAAUCUGAGAUGGCGGGGUACGAAUGGGUAAUUUUUUUUUGAAGGGAAACAGCAAGCUGAGGUGAAAUGUGUCUGCUUUACCUGGUCGAAUUUCCGUUGUUUAGCGACUGUUUUCUUGUGAAACUUUCUUAUACGUUAUCUAAGGUUCACUCUCACCAGCAUUGACCGGCAUUCUUGUUUGUUAGUAUCUUUGAGAUUCGUUUAUUUUGGGUAUUUCUUCUAGGAUCUUUUCACGCUCUUUCUGUCUUUUGGGGAAAAAUGUGAUCUUUGGAGGACAAAGAUAGAUAUUGGAAGUGUAAGAUAUAGACAGAAGGGAUUCUUUGUUUCCAUUUAUCUCUUUGCUUUCUACUGUUGCAAGUAUUUUGUUAGGUGCAUUGUUUAAAGAUGAGAAGAUGAGAAGUCGGGGUGUUCAGUGAUAACCAGAAAAAGUUUGAAUACUGGGGUGGAGGUUUUUGGGGCUAACAUGAGAAUAAAUGUGGGAUGAUGUAAAGCUUUUCGGUGUUUUAUGAAGAGGAUUUUAGAUAGUGUUUAGAAAAUUGGGUUCGAGAGGGGUCUAGUGUGUGAAUUACUGGAGAAAUGAGUGAAAUUUCAGGGCAAACGACUUUAGCCAUUGUGGAGAAGAGGCCUCAGAGGCCUGGUGGGUGUGCCGGCAUCCUUUUUCAGGUAUUUGAUUGGAACAGGAAGUUUGCAAAGAAGAAGCUUUUUUCUAAGAAAUUGCUUCCACCAGUUCGUCUGAGAAAGUCUUCAAAGAAGUUUGGAGUAGAUGAAAAGCUGCCAAAGCUUCGUUUGAUUGCUGAUGAGAACAGUGGUGGAUUUCCUUAUAUGAAGAAGAAUGAGGGCUGUUGUAACGGUGACACUGCACAAAAGAAUGAAAUGCGAGCUCCUGGAUUGGUUGCUAGACUCAUGGGUUUGGAAUCAAUGCCUGCUGUAAAGCAGGAUAAGUCAAAGAAGACUUUGUUGUCUGGGAGUGGAAGCGAUAAAGAGGAAUUUGUACAUAGUCAUGGCAGGUUUGAGAGGGAGGAGUUGAUUGCAGAGAAAGGAGAGACAAAACAGGAGUUCAGGCCUCAGAAGCUACAGAAGACUGGACUAAGUGAGAGAAAGCCAGUGACUAAGUUUGGAGCUGAGGCAUUGCAAAUAAAGCAUAUGUUAUCAAGAUCGAGAAAGCAUCAUCAAAAACUGGUUUCUCCAGUAAAAAGUCCCCGAAAUGUUUCUGGUAGGAAUGCAUCUCGAUUUAUCGGUGCUGCUACUAGAAUUUUGGAACCUGGGUUGCAGAGGAGUAAGUCAAAAUGUGCCCUUGCUUACUCGAAUGCUAUUGAUCACCCUCCUACAGCAGAUGCCUUCUUGGUGGAGGCAAAUGAUGUGGAGUCAUUCCAAGAUGCUAGGUGUUUUCAGACUUCUGCUAAGCCACUCAAUGGGCAGUCAUCAUCUUGCACAAACUGCGGUCAUUCGCUUGGUGGAGUGAGUACAGCAGAACAACAACCGGCUUUAUCAUCUGUCUCACAAUUUGUGCAUCCUCCUUGUCAGAUGUUGGAAAGGGAGAGCGGAAGACUUGCCAUAUUCUGCCCUGAGCUAGAAAAGGGUAAAACUGAAGAGGGUUCCCAGUUGUAUGCUGCUGCUGAUAUGGAAGGUAGACAGCCUUGUGCAAACUAUAUGCCAGAGAUAAAGCUUCUCAAGAAAGCAGGUCAAAGACUGUGGCAAGCAGCUAGUCCACAAGGUAAGCUUCAGAAGGAUGUAUCUCCAGCUUGUUUAAGGCACAAGACGCAGGGGCAAGAUCAAAUGUUUCAGGUGAGGGACAGGUUACCUUCAAGAUCGAAGUUAAUUAGAGUGCAGAGCAACAGAGUAUCAGCAGCAGCAAAUGCUACAAAUGAGACAACAAAUUUAGUUUUACAGAAGCAAAACAUUAGCAACCAUUCCCAUUUGAGGAUGUCACCGAAACAGGAUAUCUAUCGACUUGAUACAGAUCAGCGAUUCAGAGACAGGGGGCACGAUUCCUUAUCUCCACUGCAGAAAAGAAGAUCAUUGAAUAGUUCUAGGCAAAAUGAAGGUUCUAGAUUUGUCAGCUCUACUUUGGUCAAACCAACCAAUAUAAGAUCUAGUGCAAUUUCAGUGAAAGGCAGGUCUUCGACUAGUCAUUCAACUAUUGGACCCUGCACUAGUAUUAGAUUGGCACAUCUGCAAGGAAGCAUAAAUGCUGAUAGUAGCCAGAAUGAUAGUGAUGUUAUCUCCUUCACAUUUAAAUCCCCAAUGAAGCGUAAGACAGGAAUUCAUGCAGAUAUGGAAGGAAAAAGAAAUCAAAGUGGUCCAAAUAGUGAAGGUACUCUAAGGAAAUUAUCAUUGAAUGAAAAUGAGGGGAAAAGACACUCUCUCAAAUCAUUUCCUUUGAGUGGAGAUAGUCUUGGCGUACUUCUAGAACAAAAGUUAAAGGAACUGACUUGUCAGGAGGAGGAUUCUGCCUUUGGGGAUACUGCACCUAGAAAAACCACUGCUGUGAUUCUGCAGGAGUUGAUAUCUGCCUUAACAACAGAGAGACCGUCUCAUUGGGAUCAAUUAGUUUAUGGAGUCAAUAACAGGGACAGCUAUUUACGCUCUGAUAAUCAGCAACUUGACGAUAAAACCUUUGCUGCUUUCCAGGCCAAACCAAAAUCAACCAAGAUUUCAGUUGGAUAUCUACCUAAUGGUGAACAUCUAAGCCCUGGAUCUGUUCUUGAUGCCUCUUUUUCCAAUGACAGCUUUGCCUCCAGUAGUCUGGAUGAUGGCUCAAGGUGCAAUCUGGGUAUGGAAUCUACGGAAUACUAUGAAGGACAAUGUCAACUGGAGACUGAUGCAGAUCUUUUGGACUCUGCAUGCUCAUUAAGCAUGGGAAAGUUCUAUAGAGAGUCGGUAACCCAUCUCCUCAACAACAUUUCUGAAGUUUUUAGCGCUAUAAACCUUGCCGAUGGCCAUCUGAAGGGAAGAAAGCUCACACACGCAAAGGAGGUCCUUUUGAAUGCUGAACUGGUGUUCGUAAACGCAGCUCUGCCUGAUGCAGUUGUUAAUGGAGGCUUUUCAAUCAGUCAUUUUGUCCUUAAUGAACUGGAGCUGCUAGCGAGCGUCAUGUGGACAAACUUUAGUGGCUUUGCUGCUUUUGAUAUUAAUAAAGAAGGAAAUCAACUAAAAGGUUUUGUGUUUGAUUGUGUCAUUGAAUAUUUGGAGUCGAGAUUUGCCCGAUAUUCAAACUCCGGAUUCAAUGCCUGGACAAGACUUCCUCUCCGCAUGAAAACUGAAAUGCUGAUAUGUGAGAUUGUUGAGGAGGUUGGAAGGUGGGCAGGAUUGGCUGGCCUAAUGGUUGAUGAACUAAUAGAACAUGAAAUGAGUCACUCUUUUGGGAAAUGGACUGAUUUUGAGCUUGAAGCAUUUGAGACAGGUACUGGAAUCGAUCAGCAAAUACUCCAAAGCUUGAUUACAGAGGUUGUAGUUGACUUUAUAUGCUCCAGUGCAAGCUAAGGCUGCUAAAUAUGGACUUGCUAAUGGCCAUGUACCCUCUUCUAAUUGACUCCUCCUCUCUUCUUGUUCCGGUCCUAAUGGCAUUAUUUUUGUAGAAAGUAAUGGAUUCAAAUUGGGUACUCUUUACUACAACAGAAGCUAUUGAAUCUGUAAAAAGUAUUUUAUUGCUAAA